AGAGCCGCUGCGAGGAAUAGGAAUUCUUCAUCGUGAAGGAGAUCACGACCACCUUCCGGAGGAACAUGUCCAAGAAGCAAUGGAUGGUCCUGUUGAUGCUGUUCUUGACCUACCUUCUUCUGGGCGCAUCGAUCUUCUACCACAUCGAGAGUCGCCUCGAGGUCGAAAAAGUCAGAAAGGCCAUUGAAGAGCGCAUCGAGAUUAAUGGCUAUGGAAAUUUGGCCCCGACGAACAUGCUAGGUCGGAUUUUGAUGAUCUUCUAUGGUCUAAUUGGAAUACCGAUGAAUGGAAUUCUGCUCACUCAACUGGGUGAGUUCUUCGGACAGGUCUUCGUCAAGGCCCACAAAAAAUACAAAUCAUAUCAACAGGACCAUAAUGAAUGUCAAAAAAAGAACAAACCCCUGGAAAAGAGGAAAGCUGGACUGGCGAUGCAGAUUUUUAUAUACCUGAUACCAGGAUUUGUAAUGUUUAUUUUCUUUCCUGCGUUCCUCUUUUCCUACUACGAGGGAUGGGCUUACGACGAGGCUGUUUACUACGCAUUCGUCACACUGACGACUAUAGGCUUUGGAGAUUAUGUGGCAGGACAAGACAACUCGAAAGGAAGUGGGGUCUUUUUUAUAUUGUACAAGACUUUCCUGAUUUGUUGGAUAUCCUUCGGAUUGGGUUACAUCGUCAUGAUCAUGACCUUCAUCGCUCGAGGGAUGAGGAGCAAACAAAUUGCAAGAAUCGAGCACAAACUGGCCAUGAAUUUCAAGAUUACUCAAAGCAAGAUUUGGAAUGAAUUUAAUAAAGAAAUCAGUUAUUUCAGAAGGGUCUUCAACGAACUGCAAUUGUCCAAAGUCAAGAGAGUUUAUGUGGAUGAAUGGGAUUACGAUACGCCGACUCCCAAAUUCCCAAGAAGCAACAGCUUCCCAGAUUUGAGGGAACUCAUCUACGGCGGUCUUGAAAUCCCCGAGCCUCCGUGUCCCAGAAGAAGAGCCAACAGUGAAGUCGUUCCUCUGGUUCGAGUGGCUCGCGUAGUGUCUGAAACAGACCUUCAACGAAUCGACAAGAACGCAACCUUCGCAACUCACGCAAUGGUCCAACCAGCAGAAUUACUGGCUCGUCUCGUCAACAUUCUAGGCUACAUUCCACCCCCUGACGAUGAAGAAGAAACCGAAACUAAAGAAGGCAUCCAAGGCUUCAGCGAAAAAGAGAUCCUAGCCAGUGAAGUUCCUUGGAACGAUUCUGAGUGGAUAUUAGGAGGCGACAAGAUCUCUUACCCGAAACCAAGAUCCAGAGCCUGCAGCGAAGUCAGAUUAGAGAAACCAGACAUCAGUUACCUCCAGGAUAAUGGAGAGUGGACCUGGUCAGGACCAGCGGCUUCCAGCAAAAUCCAGGAGAUGAUCAAAUCCCGUAGAUCCACCGUCAAGGACGUCAGAUCCAAGUUCUCUUCCAUAGCUUUGCCAAAAUCAGUCCAGAAGAGUUUUCUGCCAAGAUGGAUGCGAAACUUGUCCAACAAAAAGUCAUCAGAAGAUUACACGAGAAGCACUGUAUCAGUUGGAGAAAUUGACGAAAGGGAUAGGGAAGCUCUGCAGUCACAGAUGACUAGGAAUCACUCUUCUAGAACCUCCACAUCUCGUGCUUAUUUUACUCAUACAGGGGCUGGAAACACGGGGUUAGAAGGUCUUCUGGAGGAGACGUCGUUGGCUGACUUCAUCAGAGCUCUUACUAGGGUCGGAGCUCCUGAAGAUUUCUCCAGAAAGCCUCCGAGGAAGAUGGGAACUGCUUCUUUAACUCCACCGAAGCUUCCCAGUCUCUUUACACUCUUCUCACAGCAUCCAGAGUUGGCUUCUGCAAGUCAGAGUCAGCAGAAUACUAUUACAGCUGCCCAGAAUGCUGCUUCCAGGAGGUUCUCUUUGAGGCCUGUGGAAAAUUCGGGCACCUCGACACCUGCUUAUAGCAGACGCACUGUAGCACAACUUCCAUCUGUUACGCAAGGAAGGAGGUUUUCCUUGAGGCCUGUUGUCUCUCCAGCUGGGACACCUCAGUAUUCGCCUUAUCCGGAAAACGAGUCGGAACCACCUCCCUAUACAAAUGAGUCCUUCAAGGUCGAGUGUCCAAAAGAACCUCUGAUGCAUUCCGAAGGCGCUCCAGGUGUUUCCGAACCGAUAUCAACAUCCACUGGAGCUCGUCGAUUCUCUCUAAGACCCGCUCAACUCGAUAAUCCUUCAUUGUCAUCCGCUACUCCAGUCUCACUAAAUCCCCAACCAGCCCAACAAACGAGAGUUCUUCCUCGUUGGAAAGCUGGUAUGCUCCAACGCCAGAUCAGCAAAAAGAAUCUUCAACGCAGAGUCCGCGCAUUCAGUCUCAGUGACGUCCACUCUGAUAUUAUGGAUAGAAAUACAGGAAUCAGUCCUCUAGCCUUCGAUAAAUCAAGAACAGUCACGACCCUUGUGGGUCAAAAGGACCUUCCUUCCAAAUCCACGGGCCGAGUUACUGCAUCAUCAAUUCAGAAGACAGUCACGAUUGUCUCUCCCCAACAUCAAGCUUUAAGUUCCAGGACUUCAGACUCCAAGCAAGGUUUGACUGUCAAGAGGGGCUAUUCCGAAAGUGAAGCUGAACCAGAAUCAAGUUCUCUGAGAAGGUCACGAGGACCUAGUUCUUCACCAGAAACUUCUUGGGAUAAUGCUUCACAGUUUUAUAAGGAGUCUUCCCCAAAGAGCAACCUGUUUGAUGGAUUCUCGAAAUCUUCUGCAGGUUCCCAGUCACCGGAAAAUAAUCUUCUUUCCUUCACGCUUGGAUCUAGCGAUUAUGAAACAAGACUUCCCGACACGAGUAGAGAAGGAGUCGUCAAUCCUAUGUUUGCUGGAUUGAAGACUUAUCCAAGUUCGCAAGGAGCAACGAAGUUAGCAACUGUAUAUUCAGAUGACAGGCUUUCCAGCCAAGACACUGAUCAUAGUGACGAUUCAUUCACCUCUCAAUGUGUGAUCGCUCUCAAGAAGAAAUCAGCAACUAAUCUUCCGGAAUUAGGUAGCAAAGUCAAAGGUAGGCAAUCUCCUCCCGGGGAAAAGGAGCCUAGCAAAAACGAACCAAGUGGGGAGAUUUCGAAACCGGAUCUGCCAAUAGAUUCCAGAGAACCUCAGUCAUCAGUUACUAGAAAAAGUCAAUCAAAUCUUUCUUCAAGAAGUGGAGAUGAGAAGACUGGUGAAAGGAAAGUUUCGAUUGUAUCAAUCGAACCCUGGGCAGAAUCAACUAGAAGAAAUUCAACGAUUUCUCAAACCCACACUAGAGGAAGAAGGAACAGUUCAGGAGCCAAAUCACCGAACUUAUUGGAAGUAAAAGUGGAAAAAUCUGCAAGUUCUUCUUCUUCGGAUAAUUUCAAGGCUACAAUUGAAGUUUCAGUCGAUGCAGAAGGAUCGCUGACGGAAGUCAAGGUUGAGGAAUCAAAAAGCGGAACAAGUUCUGAAUCUAUAGCGAAAAAAUCUUGUCCAAAAUGAAUGUCUGUUUAUAAAGAGGGACCUAUUUUUUAAAUUAGAGAUAUUCGAGAACAAAAAUAGAUUUUAAUAAGGUCUCUAAACUAGUGACUAAUUUCAAAAACUGCGACUAGAGGUUCAACUCUUUAAACUUUUCUGUUGAAUGAUUGAUUGUAGGUUUAAAAAUGCUACUAGAUGAAGAUAUUGUUAUGAAAAUAAUUAAUUAUUGUAGAAAAGUUAGCUUAGAUCGUAAAUAAAGACGACGAUUUAAUUAUCGUAACUGACAACAGUGUUAAACACUGCGCACUCAGACAUUACAAUUCCAGAAUCCUCGGUAUUAUUACUGCGUUUUUAUGAAGCUUAAACUUCGUAUUGAAAAAUACUGUGAUAAAAUCACGAUAUCUAGUAAUUUACUCGGCUGGUACGAGUAAGGUAUUAUUUUAAACUUGAGUCGAAUUUGCAGGUGUAAAGUGAACUUGUUAGAUGCGUUGAACGUUGAAUUGUAAAUACCUCAGUGUUUUAUUUAGCACAAUUUUUAGUAGAAUAAAAAAUUUACCUAAAAAAAA